UUUCCUCUGAGAACGGCUGGUUUAUUCACUCAUGACGUCACUGUCAACAUUAAACUUGUGAGUUUGGAUUCCUGCACACUGCUGCUUUAAUGUGCCGGCAGCUGGUGAGGUGAAGUGAGUCCCUGACGCGCGACGGUUCCGACCCAUUUCAUCUUCCAGGACUGGAUCUGAGCUCUGCUGUGAAGUUCUGCUGCAGGUACCGGCUGUGUUGUUCUUCUUCAGGUCUUCCCUGAUGGACUCACUGUGCUGCUGGUUGUUCAGGACGCUGCUGGUUCACGCCUCGUCCUCUCCUCCCUGCUCCCGGCCGUGUGCGCCCUCCUGCUCCUCCUCCUUCCCCACCUCCCCGUUUACAAGUCAUGAUGGCGGAACUGUAGACUUCGGGACGUGCAGGAGUCCACCGCCCGUCCUCGUUUAGCGUUUUGUAUAUAGUUAUUUAUGUAUUGAAGCCGGUCCCGCGCUCUGCUCCGCCAUGACCCGUUGGAUCCCCACUAAGAAGGAGAAGUACGGAGUCGCGAUCUACAACUAUGAGCCCCGUGGCGAGCAGGAGCUGCGUCUACAGGUGGGCGACACCGUGCACAUACUUGAGAAACUGGAAGGCUGGUACAGAGGCUACACGCUGCGUAAGAAGUCACAAAAGGGCAUUUUCCCCGCUUCAUACAUCCACCUGAAGGAGGCGGCGGUCGAGGGGAUAGGCCAGCAGGAAAUAAUUAUCCCAGCAGAUAUACCGCUGGUGCAGGAGCUGGGGGCCACUCUGAGGGAAUGGGCGCAGAUAUGGCACAAGUUCUUCGUGGCAAACAAAACCACCCAGUUCAGGAGUCUGCAGCAGAUGGCCUACAGCCUCAUCGAGUAUCGAUCUCAGAUAGUGUCGGGAACGCUGCCGAAGGAUGACCUUGUGGAGCUCAAAAAGAAAGUCACAGCCAAGAUUGAUUAUGGAAACCGGAUUCUGGGUUUGGACCUGGUGGUGCGGGACGAAGCAGGAAACACUCUGGAUCCUGAUUGGACGAGUACGGUCAGCCUGUUCCGGGCUCACGAGACCGCCUCCCGCAGCGUGGACGACAGGAUACAAGAAGAGAAGACGCGGCUUCAAAACCUGGAAAUGAGGCGUCAGACGCUGUUCAGCACCGUGCACACCUACAGUCUGCUCAUGAACCUGAGGAACUUCGUCUGCAACAUCGGGGAAGACGCCGAGCUGCUCAUGUCUCUGUACGACCCGGACCAGUCCGAAUUCAUCAGCGAGAACUUCCUGGUGCGCUGGGACAGUAUGGGGAUGCCUAAAGAAAUUGAAAAACUCAACAACCUGCCAGCACUAUUCACGGACCUGAGCAGCAGCGACCUGAUGAGGCAGCGGCUCUUCCUGGUGUGUCAGAUCAUCAGAGUGGGCAGCAUGGAGCUCAAAGAGGGCAAGAAACACACAGGAGGGCUGCGGAGGCCGUUCGGUGUGGCUGUGAUGGACAUUACAGAUGUCGCCCACGGCAAAACAGACGACGAGGACAAACAGCAUUUCAUCCCUUUUCAGCAGAUAGCCAUGGAAACGUACAUCCGUCAGAGGCAGCUCAUCAUGUCUCCACUCAUCCCGUCUCGAGUCAUCGGAGAGAACGAGCCGCUCACUGCUGUCUUCAACAAAGUCAUUGCUACGCGGGAGGUCAAUCACAAAGGCCAGGGGCUGUUCGUGACCCUGAAGCUCCUCCCGGGAGACCUCGCCCAAGUCAGGAAGGACUACCCCCACUUUGUAGACCGCAGCACGGCUAUCGUCAGGAAGAUGGGCUUUCCAGAAAUCAUCCUCCCAGGAAACGUGAGGAAUGAUAUUUACGUGACCUUGCUGCAGGGGGAGUUUGACCGUGGCAAGAAGAAGACCCCGAAAAAUGUUGAGGUCAUACUGAGUGUGCAUGAUGAUGAGGGAAAUCCAAUGGAGAAAGCGAUAUUUCCUGGAGCCGGCUACGACGGCAUCACCGAGUACAAGUCUGUCAUUUACUACCAGGUGAAGCAGCCGUGUUGGAAUGAGACAGUGAAGGUGACAAUCCCCAUUGAAGACGUGUGUCGGUGUCACCUGAGGGUGAUGUUCCGACACAGAUCCUCCCAGGACUCCCGGGACAAAUCGGAGAAGCCGUUCGGUAUGGCCUUCGUCCGGCUAAUGAGAGGAGACGGGACCACGCUAAAAGAUGGCAGGCAUGAACUUAUCGUCUAUAAGGUGGAUGUGAAGAAGGCGGAGGAUGCAAAGGUUUAUCUCACCUUGCCGGCGACUUGGGCUGAGGUGGAGGAGAAGGAGAGACAAACAGGGAAGCAGUUCCACCAUUCGGGGGUGAUUCCUGUGACUAAAGACAGCUUCCAGCUCGCCACGCUCACCUGCUCCACCAAGCUCACGCAGAACGUGGAUUUACUGGGCCUGUUGAACUGGAGGUCGAACCCUGAAGAUCUGGACCAGAGCCUGCAGAGGCUGAUGGAGGUUGAGGGAGGGGAGAUUGUCAAAUUUCUCCAGGACACCCUGGACGCCCUGUUCAACAUUAUGAUGGAGACCUCAGAGAAGGACACCUACGACACGCUGGUGUUCAACGCCUUGGUAUUUAUAAUCACGCUCAUUGGUGACAUCAAGUUCCAGCACUUCAACCCAGUCCUGGAAACCUACAUCAACAAGCACUUCAGUGCCACUCUGGCUUACAUGAAGCUAACCCGGGUCCUCAACUACUACGUGGGCCACGCCGAGGAGCCCGUCCUGACCGAGAGGCUCUACACUGCGCUCAAAGCUCUCAAGUACCUGUUCAGGUUUAUUGUGCAGUCUCGGGUGCUCUAUCUCAGAUUCUAUGGGAACAGUGAGGACGGGGACGCUUUCUUCAACUCCAUUCGAACCCUGUUCCUGUCCUUCAACACUCUGAUGGACAGACCUCUGGAUGAGGGGGUGAAGAUAAAGGGAGCAAUAUUGAAAUACCUCCCCAGCAUCAUUAAUGACAUCCAGACGGUGUUUGAUCCCGUGGAGCUCAGCGUUCUCCUCACCAAGUUCAUCGAGAGCAUUCCCGACUCUCAGCUCGUGCGUCAGAAGCUGGGCUGCAUGUGUAAGAUGGUGGAGAGUGACCUUUUCAGGCAGCCAGACUGUCGAGAUGUGCUGCUGCCGCUCGUCACCGACCAGCUGAGCGGACAGCUGGACGACCACUCGUGCAAACCCGACCACGAGGCCUGCGUGCAGCUGCUCAGCACCGUGCUGGACAACCUGGACCGCAAGGAUGUGGGUCCAACCAGAGGCCACGUUCAGCUGAUAAUGGAGCGGCUUCUUCGCAGGGUUAAUCGCACCGUCAUCAGCAUGGACAGAUCGUCCCCGCUCAUCGGUCACUAUCUCGCCUGCAUGACGGCCAUCCUGAAGCAAAUGGAUGACAUGCAUUACGCCCACUACAUCAGCACCUUCAAGACGAGACAGGAUAUCAUUGACUUCCUGAUGGAGACGUUCAUCAUGUUUAAGGACCUCAUGGGUAACGUGUUCCCGGCUGACUGGAUGAUCAUGAACCUGGUGCAGAUGCAGGUCUUCCUCAGGGCCAUCAACCAGUACUCGGACGUCCUCAACAUGUAUUUUCUGGACCAGGCGCAUUUUGAGCUCCAGCUGUGGAAUAACUACUUUCAUUUGACUGUGGCGUUCCUCACCCACAAGACACUGCAGCUGGAAUCGUUCUCUCAAGAGAAACGGAAUAAGAUUCUGAACAAAUACGGCGACAUGAGGAAGACUGUCGGGUUUAAGAUCAGAGACAUGUGGUACAAUCUGGGCCCCCACAAAAUGAAGUUCAUCCCGGCCAUGGUCGGGCCCAUUCUGGAGGUCACGCUGGUGCCGGAGCCGGAGCUGAGGAAAGCCACCAUCCCCAUCUUCUUUGAUAUGAUGCAGUGUGAGCACAACUUCAGCUCCGGACGCACAUUUGAAACGUUUGAGAACGAACUGAUAACAAAAUUGGAUCAAGAGGUAGAAGGAGGCCGAGGGGAUGAGCAGUACAAAGUCCUCCUGGAGAAAACCUUACUGGAGCACUGCAGGCGCCACAGAUACCUGUCACAGUCGGGAGAGGAGCUGGCUGUGCUGCUGAGCAGCCUGCUGGAGAAUCUGCUGGCGUACCGCACCAUCACACACGACGAAAGUCCGGAGCACCGCAUGAGCUGCACCGUCAACGUGCUGAAUUUCUACAAAGAAAAAAAGAGGGAGGACAUUUACAUCCGGUACCUGUACAAGCUGCGAGAUUUGCACCUGGACUGUGAGAACUACACGGAGGCGGCCUACACUCUGCUGCUGCACGCUGAGCUGCUGGAGUGGUCGGACAAACCCUGCGCACCUCAUCUGAUCCCCAGAGACGGGGAUCACGUGUGGACCCAGCAGGAGCUGAAGGAGAGGCUCUUCCAGGAGAUCAUCUGCUAUCUGGACAAAGGAAAGAUGUGGGAGAAGGCCAUCGAGCUGGGAAAGCAGCUGGCCAAGAUGCAUGAGAGCCACAUGUUUGACUUCAUGGAGCUGAGCCAGCUGCUGAAAAAACAAGCCAAGUUCUACGAGAACAUAAUGCAUGCCAUGCGGCCGCAGCCGGAGUACUUUGCUGUGGGAUAUUACGGCCUCGGAUUCCCUUCUUUCCUCAGGAACAAGAUGUUCAUCUACCGAGGGAAGGAGUACGAGUGGCUGGAGGACUUCAGCUUGAAGCUGCUCUCUCAGUUCCCCAACGCAACGCGCAUGACCAGCACAGCGCCCCCUGGUGACAACAUCAGCAACUCGCCUGCACAGUACAUCCAGAGCUUCACAGUCAAGCCUGUUCUCACCGUGCCGCACCAGUUUAAAGACAAGGGGGUUCCAGAGCAGAUAUUAAACUAUUACAGAACCAAUGAAGUGGACCAGUUCCAGUAUUCCCGGCCCUUCAGGAAAGGUGAAAAGGACCCAGACAAUGAAUUUGCGACCAUGUGGAUCGAGAGAACGACUUACAUCACCGCCUAUCGCUUCCCCGGGAUCCUGAAGUGGUUCGAGGUCAAAUCUGUCUCAGUGGAGGAGAUCAGUCCUCUGCAGAAUGCCGUAGAGACCAUGGAGAUGACCAAUGAGAAGCUGAGUAACCUCGUGCAGCAGCAGGCCUGCGAUCGCUCUCUGUCCAUCAACCCUCUGUCCAUGAUGCUCAGCGGCAUCGUUGACCCCGCUGUCAUGGGCGGCUUCUCCAACUACGAGAAGGCGUUCUUUACGGACACCUACAUCCAAAAGCACCCAGAGGACUGCGAGCGCAUCGAGGUCCUCAAACACCUCAUCGCCCUGCAGAUCCCUCUCCUGGCAGAUGGGAUUCGCAUCCACGGGGAGAAGACGACGGAGCAGCUGAAGCCCUUACACAACCGUCUGGUGACUUGCUUCGCAGACCUCCGGGAGAAAGUGGAGAAGCAUUAUGGCGUCAUAACCUUGCCCUGCUCUCUCACUGAGAGGAAGAAGAGUCGCGUUGGCUCCGUGGUGAUGCCCUACAUCCUGUCCUCCACCCUGCGUCGCAUGUCCACCGUCUCAACCCUCUCCAACGCCUCCUCAGGCCUCUCCAGCGGCUCCGCAUCCUCAGAUGGACCCUCCUGCAUUUCCUCCCAAGAUUCCUUGUUGUCCCGUCCCAGCGAUCGCAGGACCUCCAUGUUGUCCCGCUCGGAGGAGGACAACAGGAUCGCCAGAAAGAACAGGAAAGAGUGGAGCGUGAGCAAAUCCCAGGUGCUGCUGGAGAGGCCGUCAGACGCCGAUGAGACUCCUCCUGAGAAGCAGCAGAGGCCCAAGAGUUUACAGUUAGGAGACCGGCGGCUCACCCUCUCCCUGUUCCAGGGUGUUUCAUCCCAGCUCAGCCUGUCCAAUCCCCUCAGCCCGCUACCUGCCUCUCCACACACACCUCGCACACCGCGCAGCUCCAGUUAUUCAUCGCUUCUCAGUGACAAUGAUGUCAAUACCGUUGACACCCCAGGGACCCCCCCACCGAUGCCUCCGAAGAAACACCCGCACGAGAUUGACAACGCCGGGUUCCCUUCAGAGUUCACUCCGCCGCUGCCGAUGAAAAUCGAGAGCAAGCCUCCGCCGCCGCCCCCGAAAACCCGGAAGUCGAUGUUGCCGUCGUACGAACACCCCCACUGAGGCUACACCUACACAACGCUCCACUAAUUCUCUGAUUUGGCUGCGAUGAGAGCACAGUUUCAUUUGUGGCACCAGCUACGAGGGACACUUCUCUGCAGGAGAAAAGAAAUUAUGAUGCAAGCUACGAAUAACUCCGGGCAGUCCUUUUGUUCUCAACUCGUAGCUGUUGUUUUGUAUUUAAGCCUUGAGGAACAAUAUGUGAGGGGUUACAAUCGUAAGAGGGUAAGUAUAUAUGAUUCUGGGUACGUACGGUCGCUUUUUAAGAGGUAAUGAAACAGCGAUCAGAUGCUUCAUUCUUGAAGAAAAAGUCAGUGUGUUGUACAGAUUUUAUCACUCGCAGGGAAAAAAGGAACGACUGAUGCUGCAAUGUAAUAAUUUUGCUUUUAUGUGUUGGAGCGACACUGGAUGAUUUAUUCCCGCCGAGCUGUUUACCGCCAUUUCAUACCGACAUUUCCAUACAGGAAACACACACACACACACACAAAAAAAGCUGCAUUAGAUUCAUGUUGAACUUGAUCAAACUUGAGCAGGGAAUAAAUGUACAGAAUGUAACUGUUUGUUGGAAAUGUUUAGUUUAUUUGUGCUUCAGUAAUAUUAUGAUCAAAUGCAUUUUUUCUUUUCCUAAAGCGCAAUAUCUUCCGAGACACUGGAUGGCAUUAUUGAAUGUGCAGCAGAUUAUAUUUGUCUUGAUGUUUGUGAUGAACUGAAUACUGUAACUGGUGCCUCCAAAACUGCAGGGGAAGUAAAUGUUUCCUUAAAGGAACUGGUUGACUUUUUGGGAAAAAUGCAAAAGAUCCGAACCACUCUCGUGUCGGAGCGAUAAGAUGUGUGGGUUUCACACGAGGCAGGUUAGCUUAGCAUUAAAACUGGAAAAACGAGGGGAAACAGUUAGCUUAUGUCUUCUCAAAGCUAACAGAGCCACCAGCAACUAAGUUUUCUCAUCAACACUUUAUAAUUUGUCCGUUUUGUUUGGAAAACUUAAAGGAAGACUGAAGUCUCGUCUAAAACAGAGUUGCAGAAUUCUACGAAACAACAGACGAAGUUGAGGACGACUGAUAACAACAUGACAUUGCUGCAUUUGUUAUCAUUUGUUAGUAUUCACUCGCGCAGCGACUGCAGAUGGAAACUAGCUCGGAGCCUGGUACAAAGCAUCUGUUCUCAUUUGUGAGGCUAAUAAAUCAGGUGCGCGGUCCCUGAUUUAAAUAGAUUUAAUAAUCUAAAUGAUUUGUGCUUUAAUAAGUGGUUAUUUGUCCGACUAUGGAGACCUGGAUUACACCAGUUUUGCUGUGAAGCUCCAGAAAUGUUUCAUGGUCUAUGAAACAUCACCUGAGUUUCCAUCAGCACGGAGGGAGGAGAUAAUGACUGGAUUUCAUUUUUUGGAUGAACUGUUCCUUGUGUAAAAAUAACAACUUAUGGUUUUAAGAAGGGUUAUGUGGGUGCAGAACAGGACGUCCUCUGAUCACGGCUGAAUUAGCGGCAAAAAAAAAUAUAAAUCCUUGGAUAAAAGUGCUGUUUACCAUUUUCUCCAGCCAACAGAAAGUGUGAUGAAUAACAUCUAUAAAACACCAAAUUGCUCAGAUGAUUAAAUGAAUUUACAUCAGGGGCUGUGCACAAAAUGUAUCACAGAAGUAGCCAAAUGAGAAAAGCAGUGCUCAUUUUUACAUUUUGGCUUUUCUAAAAACUUUAAUAUGUUUAUUAGAGAGUUUACAUGUGCUGGUAGGACGGUUGUGCAGCUUUCACACAAAGCCAGGCUAGCUGAUUCCCCUUGUUUCCAGUCUUUAUGCUAAGCUAAGCUAAGCUAAGCUAAGCUAAGCUAAGCGGCUGCUUGCUCCAGGUACAAAUCCACAAACACGAGAAUGAACUCGAUCUUUUCAUCAGAGCAAAAUCCGAAAAAGUCGAACUUCCUCCUUUGAAUAACUCUAAACGCUGUACGGUACAAACAGAAAUGCCUUUUGAAGUUCACUUUAGUUUUUAUAUUUCAGGUGUUGGUCAGUUUUCUUUUCUUUUUUUUAUUGAUUAUUGAAUUUUAAAUUAUUGCUUUUCGUUGAAUCUUCAACAUUUCCACGGUUUUGCACACUCAGUGUGAACAGACGGUUUAUUUUUACGCGUUGAUUGAAUUUAAUUUCGACACACUGCUUCACUGCGCGCUGUUUGAAUCUUAUAAAAAGAAGCAAUAUAUUUCAUGUGCCUUCAGAGAGAUGAAUCUAUGCAUGUAAGCUUUUUUUUUU